UUGGUCCACACUACCACCGUCCCUCGAAGCAAGAGGUAUUGGCAAUUUUGGUGAAUGUCGAGAACCGGAUACGAUACUGGUCCAGAUGCAGCAGGAUGGAAUUGGAAUUUGGGAUGAGGGAUAAUUCUCCUUACUUGGCAGGAAAGAAGGCAUCCUGGGCGAGAAAGGCCCUCGUUGUAGCAGGCCAGACACUUAUCUUCCUGUACCUCAUGGUAAAUCUUAUCUACUCCCACGUCUGGCGAGAUGACGGCACCUUCAAUCCCCUUCAGGCCACAAGGGCAUGCUUAGUAACGGCUUGGACACUUCUCAACGUCUGGAACCUCCACCAAGCUGAGGUCGCGUAUCUGGACAUCCUGAAACUCUUCUGGACCAACGACUGCUUUGGCGGAGUCAAAAUGAUGUCGUUGGUAUGUAUGCAAAUUGUGGGGGGAAACCUGAUAAUAUGACAACCAUAAUUAUUAAAAUUUUCCCUUAUCCACAUUUCUUAUUUCAGGG